AAGAGAAAGAGAGAGAGCAAGAAAAAGUGAAGAAGUGGCGUGAUCGGUACAGCUGACGUGAAAGAGGAGCAGAGUUGCUUAAUGCUUUGUGCUUGCGUUAUUCUGAAGUGAUCCUCGGUCCAUUCGUCUGUUCUAGUCUGACGAGGCGAGUUGCUUCCUUGUUGGUGUUUGGUACGGAUUUCUUGCUACAUCUUAAAGGAUCCAAAUGGCGCCAAACGCAACUAGUCAAGAAACUCUGGCGGCAGAAACCGCUGAAGAAUGCUUCUCUGGUGGGCCCUUACCCUUGGGUGAUGAGAGCAUUCGCGUGGAGGAUAAGAUCUACUCGGCCAAGGCCUUGGCUGAUCUCCAUCCCGGGGGUCCUUUGUUUGUCAAAUCAUUUGCCGGACGAGAUGCCUCGCAUGCCUUCUUGUCAUACCAUCGGCGACAAUUUCCACAUUCCAGAGUUAAGGAAGCGUUGGAAAAAGUGGAUCCCAAUGUGAAAGUGGAUCCUCAUGCUCAAGAUGACUUUCUGGAGCUUUGUGAGCGAGUUGAUAAGGUUUUACCAAGAAUGCAAUCCUUCGCUCCAUGGUCAUACUACCUGAAAGCCUCCUUCAUCAUGGGCGUAGCCUUGAGCCUUGAGUUCUAUAUGCAUUACACAAGCAACUAUCGAUGGUACAUCAGCGCUCUAUGUGGAUGGUUCUUUGCCCUAAUCGGUCUUAAUAUUCAGCACGAUGCCAACCAUGGCGCCCUCUCACGUCGCCCAUGGGUUAAUAGGUUUUGGGGACUGUCCCAGAACUGGAUUGGGGGGUCAACCAUCUCCUGGAUUCACCAACAUGUUGUCCAACAUCACAUCCAUACCAAUGAAAUCAAAUUGGAUCCAGACAUUGAAGGCCGAUUCGUUGUCCGCUUGAACCCGCGGAAACCUGUUCUGAAGUGGCACUUUUUGGUCGGUUGGUACCUCUCAUUCUUUUUCACACUGAGCCACAACUUUGAUGGUGUCACUCAAUUGGACAACACUGAACCGAGCAAAUCCUUGCUCUACAACCAAGUGAUUACUUCAUCCAAUGUGGCAGGAGAGUUUCUUUGCUUCUUGAAUGGAGGUCUGAACUACCAAAUUGAACAUCAUUUGUUACCCCGGAUUCAUCAUGGACACUAUCCAAAGAUUGCACCCGUAGUUAAAGAGUUUUGCCAAGAGAAAGGCAUUCCCUAUCAACAUUUUCCUACAGUGACAUCAAAUGCAUGGGCAUGUGCCAAGCAUCUCUUCGAGAUGGGAUCCCAGAAAGUCCCCAAGUCAGCCAAGCAUCUCGUCACGUCAUAAAAUGAUAAAAUUGGAGGUUUCAGAGAUUGAUUUGGAUUGAUUCAAAGGUUUGAUUUCAGUUCUGUGGAAUGAAAUUCUGCCCAGGCCAAAUCUUUGGAAGGACAUCCACGUUUGCUAUUGCGUGGGUAAAUUCUGAAAAUUAAUAAAUAAGGAAGCAAUUGA